AACAAACAUACUAUUCUCUCCAACUUCGAGGAGUGGAUAAAACUUUCGACUGAUAACAAGAUUACGCUGAAGAAUUCAUGGCAGUUUGCUCUUAUUGACUAUUUCCAUGACUUGAACGUGAUAAAAGACGGCGAUAACAUCAAUUUCCAGCGUGCUUCCGCCACUUUAGAUGGCUGUGUCAAGAUCUAUCUGAGUCGUGUGGAAUCAGCAGCAGCGGAAACUGGGAAGUUGUUGAGUGGCUUGGCCAAGAAGAAGAAUGAUCUUGAAGACGUAGAUGAACAAGAUGUGGACGAGAAUGGAGAGCCUAAAACAGGCGAAAAGGAACAAGCCGAUGAAAGCGGCGACGAUGACAAUGAAGAAUUAGGCAAGAAAAAGAGAAAGAUCAAUAGAAUCGUAGAGUCUACGUUGGUGGACUUUGAAACCUUGCGUAUCAAGAAACUCGACCAGGAGCUUGCGAUCGAUCCACUUUUCAAGAAAGCUCUUGCAGAAUUCGAUGAAGGAGGAGCCAAAAGCUUGCUUUUAAACACUUUGAACAUUGACGGUUCAGGGAGAGUAGUUUUUGACGCCACCACCAAACCAGUAAAAGAAGGAGAGCAAGAUGGGGAUGAUUCAACACAAGAUAAAUUGCCGGAACCUGAACCUGAACAAGACAAGGACGUAGAUAUCUCUAAACUUGGAAAGAUUAUCUUUAGAAAUGAUGAAAGUCUAGAUGACAUGAGUAUAUGUCCAUCACUCAGUGAGUUCAAUACAGCCCUUGAAGAUGUCACUAAGGCCAAGAGUAUCUUGACUGACUUCAACAACAAGAUUACAACAGCUGCAGAAACUGAAAUUCUUACACCUGGCAAUGAUCUUGUAGGAGAAGGUAACGAUGGCGGAUUUGACUAUGGCGAUUUCGGUGGCAACGACGAUGGUUUCGAUGGUGGAAAUUUUGGAAGUGAUUAUAACGAUCUUGAGGAGAACGACAAUGAAAAUGACAACAACAACAAUGAUGACUCUAAUGACCCAAUUAACAAUUUAAAUCAAAGUAUCAUGCAGCGUUUAUUCAAUGACUCAGAGUAUGUGCAACUGUCGAAGAGUACACAGGUAUUAGAUAGAGACCUUAUGGCAUACUUUGAUGAAAGAAUGAAAACGAACUGGCGAGGUCCAGAGCAUUGGAAGGUCGCCGCAUUGAAAAAGUCAAAGAAGAUUGAAGGAGGUGAAGUAGUAGAAGGUGCCAGAUCUACCCCUGGGCUUGUAGAACCUAAAAAGAAGCAAGACCAAGUAAUAGUCAACUUUUUUGAUGAGGAUGACAACGAGGAUACCAUCUUUGAAGGACCCAGAAGCGCCAGUUUGAUAGUAAAGAAAAAUGAUGUGAACACAUCCAAUAACAAGUUGCCUGACGAUAUCCGCUACAAUUCUGCUAGAUUGACCAACUUGUUUACCAAACCACAAGUUUCAAUUGUCUACUUCCCCAAGAGAAAGAAGUCAGAUACGAAGGAUGAACCUCAGUUCACAGAUGAGAACUUUUUUGCAGAGCGUUAUCACAAGCAAGAAGAACAGCAAGAGGCUGAUGCACUUGCUGCCUCCUUCCAUCAAGCUGAGUAUGAAGAUUUCAACAAUGAUUUUGGAGGUGAUGAUUAUGCUAUUGACUUCAAUGAUGCCUUGGAAGGAGAUGUAGGUGAGUUGAACGAGGAAGAUAAAGACAUAGCAUCCACCCAAGUUAUUGGAAAGAAGAGACCCGAUCAUUUGAACUUCUCACGGGUAGCUAAAAGAGUUGAUGUCAAAUUCCUUAAAGACAAUUUAUGGAAGACCAUCAAAGAAGAAGCUAAGACAAUUGAAAGGCCCGCAGAACCCAAUGAAGAAAAUAUAGAAGAACAAGUGGAACCUCCUAAACAGACCUUUGGGAAGUUGGUUGCAUCCGUUGCUAACUUGUACGGAACAGAACAAAGAAAGGAAUUGUCUACCAGUUUCUAUUUUAUUUGUCUCCUCCAUUUGGCCAACGAGCAUGGCUUGACCAUUUCAACUAAUGAAACUCAUGACGACAUGGAAAUUAUUGGUUUCUAG